GUCGCUGGGGGGCGGGCGGCGCAGGCGAGGGGCGGGGCCGGCGGGCGUGAUAUGGAGGGAGGCGGCGGAGCGGCGGCGUCUGUCUCGCGCUCGCGCUCGGUAAACAAGGGGCGGGGCCGCCCCUCCCCCCGCAGCCCCCGGCCGUGAGGACCGUUUUGCAGGGCGUCAGGGAAACCGGGGUCUGCGGCUGUAGUGUGCUGGGACUUUCCUUUCCUACAUGAAACACAGUCAUGACAGAUCAAGAGUAUGUUCUUUGCAAGUGGAAGAAGCGUUUAUGGCCAGCAAAGAUUUUGUCCAAGAUUGGAGUUCCUGGAAAGCCACCUGUCACUAAUGCAAAGGAGGCAUCCUUUAAAGUCAAAAUACUUGGCUUGGAAGAACAGACUAGUGUCAACUGUGCAGAUACUGAACCACUGAAGGAAGAAUAUAUACAAAACAUCGCCUCUAAUUUAGCAGAUCAGGGGAAGAAUUCUAGCGAGGCUGUAGAAGAACUGAAAUAUCGUCGUUCUCUUAAAAUUGCCCUAGAUAUUUUGAAUCAAAAUGACUCACCCAGACAAGUACCACCCUCAGAAGACGAACCAAGUACUCAGUUAUCCCAGAAGCACAAUACAAGAUCUCUCUCAUCUACCCCCUUAACUACUUGUCAAUCAUUCCUAACUAAAGAAGAGUUAGAGUUUGAGACUCCCAAGAAGAAAAGAGAACAAAAAAAUAACCCCAACCUGAAAACUGAUACAAAAAAACAAAAGUUGAAACAUUCCCUCACUUUGGAAGAGGGCGCUAAAGCACACGAAGAUGGAACAAAACCUUCAGAAUGUAGGACUAGGGACUUGUAUAAUGCAUCAAACUCAGCAAAAAAUUGCAAAAUGAUGGAAUCAAAAUCACUAACAAGGCAGAAAAAAAUCAAGCCCAGACUGCUGCCGAAGUCCCAGACAACAAAUAAAUCCUCACUUAAGCCAAAGGAGGAGAAAAGUAAGCAAGGAAGAAAAAGACCAAAAGGUGCAGGAUCACCCAUAUCGUGUAUUAAUGAUUUCCCAGAAGAUCAAGUGCAUCCUCUUACUGAAGAAAGUAGUCCUGUGUCUGUUUCCUGCAAGUCUGACACAAUAGUGUCUGUCAGAAGGGCAAACACCAAAGGUCGACCUAGAAGGACAAUACUGGAUUCUUCUUGUGAAUGUGCCUCGGAUGACUUGGAUAGUAGCAUCAGUAAUGAGAGUGAAAAUCUAGCAAAGAAACUAGAUGGAAGAAAAAAGCCAGUAAAUUUAAAACGCAGAAAACAGGAGACCAAUGCAACUCUGUCUCCAUGCAGGAAAAAGAAAUGCAGAAAUUGCCCUGAAUCUUCACCUGGGCCUUCGAACCAUGGAAAUAUCUCUGAUAGUUUCCUGUCUAAGCUUAAAGAGGAGGAAAACAAAAAUACUUCACACAUGCUUAGGAAUAAAGUAAAGGACUUUCAGCUGCCUGACUUUGAGGAAGAUGAAGGAUUGGAAUCUUCUGGUAUGUCUUCAAAGAUCAGUUCCUCAGAGAAUUUCUCUCUCAUAUCAGCUCUGGUAGAUGAGGAAGAAGAGGAAGAUGAAGAGCUUCCUAGUAUUCUAUCACAUCAAGAGCCACAGUCCAUUGAAGAAGGGAUUCUGGUCUGGUGCAAAUUGCGAAGAUAUCCAUAUUGGCCAGCAGUGGUAAAAACAGUGAAGCGGAAACACAGAAAGGCAAAUGUGCUGUUCAUAGAAGGGAAUACGAAUGACAAGACGAAAGGUUUUUCAGUAUCUCUUAAGAAUCUAAAGCACUUUGAUUGUGAAGAAAAGCAGGACUUAAUAGACCAAGCCAAAGAAGCUUACUGCCAAGAAAUCGAGUGGUGCAUUCGAUUGAUUUCUGACUAUCGGAUUAGAGUAGGUUGUCAUUCUUUUACGGGAUCCUUCUUGGAAUAUUUUGCUGAUGAUAUCAGCUAUCCAGUUAGAAAGGAAGGUAUUCAAGGUUUAGUCCAAAUGAGCUUUACAAAUAUAGCGGAGGAAGAGCUUGAAGAAUCUCCACCAGAAACUUCACCUAGCAAGCCCUCCAAGAAACUCCUUCCUGACAGAACAAGGGCUGCUAGAGAUAAAGCUAAUAAAAAGAUAGUGGAGUUUAUAGUGAAGACCAAGGGGGCAGAAGAGCAUCUUUUGGCUAUCUUGAAAAGCAGAAAACAAUCCCGGUGGCUGAAAGAAUUCCUGAAUUCAAGUCAGUACGUGACCUGCGUUGAAACUUAUUUAGAGGAUGAAGAACAAUUAGAUCUUGUAGUAAACUACCUGAAGCAAGUAUAUCAUGAAAUAGACACCAGAAGUUUGCAUCGAAUAAAUGGAGAUGGAAUAAAGUUUAUUUCGGAUGUCCUUUUGCCUGAAGCCAUCAUUUAUGCGAUUUCUGCUGUGGAUGACAUAGAUUACAAGAAGGCAGAAGAGAAAUACAUAAAAGGACCAUCUGUGAGCAAAAGGGAGAGAGAAAUAUUUGAUGAAGAAAUUUUAGGAAGAAAGAAGUGGAAGACUGAACUAGCAUCUGAAGACAGCAAAUAAAUAGUGGUAGGAACUUUACUGAGUCUAUAGUGGCACUGAAUGUAUAUAAUGGAGAAGUGGUUACCUGUAUAAAUGUGUAAUUUUUACUUUUUUUAAAAAACUGGUAUGUAAAUAGUCUGCAAAAGAUGUAACAAAUCAUUAAAAUGCUGUAUUACCUUAUGAUACAAUUGUAUCUUCAGUCCUUGCUCUCAAUUCUGCAUAAUGGAGCUGUGUAUUACUUUCCUCAAUCUUGCCAUGCUGAACUUCCUGUGAAAGACAACCUAUAAAUACGCAGUAACGCUAUUACAAGUGUACUGCCAGCCAGUUAUGGUCAUCCACUCAGUGUGCUUGAAGCGGGAUUCACAGGAGAACAGGUUUUGCAAAGCUGCUUGGUGUAACUCUUGUAUUAAGUUUUUUGUAUUAAUUAUUGUGGCCAAAUAUCUCUGACAAACGAAGGUCAACUGUCCUCUGAAAAACAUGUACUGAUAAACCAUGUAGCCGUGUAUUGCUUUGUAACUGUACUGCUACUGAAUAUACUGUCUAAAAAUCUUUCCAAAGGGUCGACUAUUCUUACUCUACCUGUGUUUAAGAAUGGGAAAUAAAACUGGUACCUAGUGAUGAAACCCAAGUCACGAAGGCUUUGGUGUUCUGUUUUUGGGUUUUUUUGGUAGGACAACUGUGAAAUUAAGUGGAGAAGGAAUCCAGUGCGUACUUAAACAAAAAGUUUCAUAUUUCCACUUAAAAGUUAAACCAUUUUGAAUGCUGCUUUAAAAAUGGUGUUUAUUGAUACCAAGAGUUCCUAAAAAUCAUUAUUCUAUCCUCUUUUUUUUUUUUUCUUUUGUCUGACUUAAUCAUGCAUUGUUCCCUCCCCAGGCUCUUGCUAAAAGUGUAAUAUAUUGCAGAUAAUUACUUCUGGCAAACCUGCAGCACAAUUGAUAACUCUUUAAUAGAAAAGAGACAAUAAUCGGUAUUUGCAUAUACUACAGUCAAAAUCUGAUCUAUUUACUUGUCCAACAGGAACAUGAUUUGAUUUACAAGUAGUCAAAUUGAAGAUUUAGUGAGAAAUUAAGUGAGAAACUUAAGUAUAAAAUGGUAUAUUGAUUCUGUGUUAUCUUGGGUAUAAUAUUAACUGAAUCUCAUUUAAUCUUAAUUACACUGUAGUGUAUAUUGAGUCUCAAUACUCACUUGGAAUCCUUAGUCACAUAGAACAGUGACAUUCAUGGGUACCUAAAUGAUGAGAAUAUAAUAAAUCUCAUUUCUUUUAGUUUUCACUAAUUUUUGUGAUUAGGAAUAAUGCAUUUCCUGUUGUAAUAUAACAUUUUUGAUCACAAACUUAUAGAAUUAACUGUGGAGACGUGAAUGACACGUAAAGAUGGAGAUUCCUUGGGCCAUGUGCAGCUAUUUCAAAGUGUAUAAAGUUUCCUGCCUGUAAAAAUGAACCCUACUUAGGUGCUCUUCCUGCAGGCGUUAGUAAUGGUGACUUAAAGAUCAACAUAUCCUAAGGUUCCCUCUCCUUUAAGACAUAAUGAUCUGUACACUUUUCACAGUAAUUACUGUGAAUACAGUACUACAAGAAAAUCCUUCUAAUAGUGUUAAGAUCUCUUUUUAAGCUAUUGCACAGAAGUGUAACCUCCAAAUUCUGCUGCCUUCUUUAUCCAAAUACUUGCUUUUUCAUACCUUUCUCCUAAGAAUAUCUUCGUUUUUACUUUUGAUUCAACAGACCGGUUGAUUUUAAAUUGUACUAUUUCACCAGGGAGUGACUAAGUAUACAUUGUGUUGAAGCACUUUGAAAGGGCUUUUAAAGAUGUAAACAUUUUAGCUUUUGCAUCAGGAUGUUAAAAUUACUUACAGUAAUAUUAGUAUUGCAAUACCAAAUUCAGCAUUGCAGUGUACAGUUUUUACUGCUGUGAUGCUGUACAUAACUGAUUUAGGAAAUCACUUAAAACUGGCACAUGAAAGAUACUAAACCUUAGAGUUUGCAUUACUUUUCCUGUAAGGUGUUUAUUUCAAAUGCCAAUUUUGAUCUGUGGCCUUAAUUGCACAAAGCAGGUGUCUUGCACCUGAAUUUUGUAUGUCAGAUGCAACCCUAGAAUCAUGUUUUUAAACAGUAUCACAGUUUCAUGUUGUUAAACAAAGAGCAACUUGUUUUACAGAUAGUAAAAUUGAAGAUUUAGUGAGAAAUUAAGGAGAAAGCAGACUUACUGUUUCCUGUUGUUGUGCUUUAUUUAAAACAGGUAUUCAAAUGCCUCAUCCCUGUCAAGAACAAGCUACUGAUUAAGGUGGUUUCAUUUUAGUAGAUGUAGAUUCCUUUAACUGAACUGCAUACCUGUAACAGUGUUAAUCAGCAACUGCGUAUGCUGCCUGCUUGUGUUUGUUUCUAGGCUAUUAAAAGAAUCUGGAACAAGA